CUCCUCCUCCUCUUCCUCCUCCUCCUCCCGGGGAGGAGGGCGGCAGUACCCGCAGCUGGCGCUGCAGCGGGUGAAGCGGCUGCCGGGGGAGUCUGAUUUCCAACGCCGUGUAUUAAUAACCCCCACCCGCCCCAUGCUAAGCCCAUGUGCAGCGCAGUGCAGGGGGCACCGGGCUCCGGGAGAGCAAGCUCCGGCGGUUGAGUCCGAGGCUGCGAUGUGUCAGCGCUGCAGAAAACUGCCUUAUUAGGAGAGAAAGGACCGGUGAAAAUCAGCGCUUUCCGUAAAGCCGCUGGGGCGAGCCGGGGGCCGCUGUGUGCCAGCCUGCACUCAUUCCUUCGGGGAUGACGAGACAUGAGCUCAGCCCGCGGGGCCGGGAGGGACCUGAUGGCAGAGCCGGAACCGCCUCCAGAACCGCUGCCAGAUGAAGCAGGAGAAGCCCCAGCCCCACACCGCAGGGCUCCGUGCACCCCAACAGACCCAGCGCCGGGCCUGGGGGCUGCUCCUGCUCUGGGGGCCUACGGGGAGCUGCAGGAAGGUGCUGGAGACACGGCCUUGAACCUCACCAUGCUGGGGGCACUGCUGGGCGAGGAGAUGGCUGGGACAGGGGCACCGCUGGGGGUGGAUGGAGCAGAAAUCCCACUGGAUGCAGAAACAGAUGAACAGAUCCUUCUGGACGUGGAUGCUGGUGGGACAGGGAUCCCACUGGAUAUGGAUGGGGCAGGAAUCCCAUUGGAUGCAGAAGAUGAAGCAGGGAUCCCUCAGAAUGUGGAUGCCGGCGGAACAGGGGCGCUUCUGGAUGCCGACGGAGCAGGACUCCCCCUGGAUGUGGAAGCAGAAGGACUGGGGAUCCUGCUGGAUAUGGAUGCCGCCGUGGCAGGACUCCUGCUGGACAUGGAUGGGGCAGGAAUCCCACUGCACGUGGAUGGGGCUGAGAUCCCGUCGGCCAUGGACACCGACGGGGCAGGAAUCCCGCCAGGCACAGCGGAGAUCGGGGUCCCGCAGGACACAGACGCGGAGGGGGCGGGCACCCCACAGGCUGCAGAGGGCACAGAGCGGCCGUGCCUCAGCCUGGAGGAGCUGGGCGAGUAUUUCCAGGAGUGCAUCGAGGCGGUGGAGCAGCUGGAGAAGGAGCGCGACGCUCUGAUCGAGGAGCUGACGCAGCUGCGCGAGCCGGCGCUGCAGGACAUCCGCCAUGCCCACCAGGAGAUCCAGGCCGCCUGCCGGCUGCUGGCCAAGGUGGAGCUGGAGCGGGACAACCUGAGGGACGAGAUCCGUCAGAUCAAGCAGAAGCUCUUCAAGGUGACCAAGGAGUGCGUGGCCUGCCAGUACCAGCUGGAGAGCCGCCGCCACGACCUCUCGCAGCACGCGGCGUAUCGGGACGAGCUGGAGAACCAGGCCGGGCGGCUGUCGGGAGAGCUGAGCCGCCUGCGGGAGAGCUGCGAGAAGGAGAAGGAGGCCCUGCGGCAGCGCCUGGAGGCCCCGCCGUGCCGCCAGGACCCGCAGUACCUGCAGGAGAGCCGGCGGCUGUCGGCCGAGUUCGAGAGCUUGGUGACGCGGAGCCGCCGCGGCCUGGAGGAGCACUAUGAACCGCAGCUGCUGCGGCUGCUGGAGAGGCGCGAGGCGGGGACGCGGGCGCUGCAGGAGCUGCAGGGAGAGGUGCAGGGCAUGAAGGAAGCCCUGCGGCCCCUGCAGGGGGAGGUGAGCCGGCUGCGGCUGCAGAACCGGAGUCUGGAGGAGCAGAUCGUGCUCGUCAAGCAGAAGCGCGAUGAGGAGGUCGGGCAGUACAGGGAGCAGGUGGAGGAGCUGGAGGACAGGCUGAAGGAGCUGAAGAACAGCGUCCAGCUCCAGCAGCGCAAGAACCAGGAGCUGGAGGAGCUGCGGAGCAGCCUGCACCACGAGCUGUCCAUCUACAAGGGCUGCUUAGAAAUCUACGGCCACCUUUGUAAAUCUGAAGAAAAACCAGACCAGGAAUGUUAGAGGUGAGAUCUCCUCCUCGCCAGGGGCGGUGCUGGAACCUGCAGGUCGGCUCCUCGCUGCUCCUCUCGCUGCCCAAAGUCAGCAGCACCACUCUGCUCUGGAUCUUCUACUGAACUGCUUUUCCACACGAGAGCAGAGAAAGCGGUACUUGCACUGAACGACGGACACGGCUGAAGAAUCACACGUGUAUGUUUUGCUGUGUUUGGAAAAUGUACCUCGUCCUGUUCCAUAGAUAGAGCAUAUAGACCUGCACAGAAAGGAGCUGAACGCUGAGCUUUACGUACAGGUUUCCUUGUGUGCCCAGUGGUGGCUGCUGUACCGCGAUCCGCUCUGCCGACGGCCACAGAAACUGAAGUCUGUGGAUAAAAGGUUUCCACUUUAUAGUCUCACACUGAAAAUAAAGGUCAGUUUAAGGGUCUUCUUAUUUCUCAAAGCUGUGUGUCAAAGAAAAAUAAGCUUGUGUGUCAAACUGAGGGGCCUGAAAGGCACCCAAAUAUUCACGCUUUACAAUAUAGGGAGAAAAACCCCCAAAUCACCGCCCACGUUGUUCUGUGCAAGGGCUGAAGGCAGACCCGAAAUGGAGGCAGCGGCGCCCUGCGGGAGGAAGGCAGGCUCCACUGCAACCCUGACUGCUCUGAGCUACUCAGCACUCACUUCACAGAGCAAGCAGCAGAAACAAGAGGAGGCAGCCCUGAAGUACAUUGCAGCACCCACACGGCACCCAGGGGCUCCUCCUCCUCCUCCCUUUCUCUCUUUCUCCAGGGACACGGUUUACCCUCAUGAACAGUCAAUGCAGGAGGAAAACAUCCGCACAAAAUCACGGCCAUGCAGCACAUAUGUAGAAAAAAUUUAUUCCGCCUGAAGCACUUACACACAGGUAGUGAUGAGGAACACGAGGAGCUGGUGGGAGAUGGGCAGCAGGUAGCGGUCAAGGACUGACUCCCACAAAGGCAGUUUGCCCACGUCUCAUUUGCUUUAUUUGCACCAGCCACCACUGCUGUGCCACCUGUGGUGCAUCGCUGGUUGAAACAGAACCUUCACAACUUUGUGGCCCCGAAGUUUGAAAAGCCAUUUCACAGAAAGGAAAGAAAUUUAUGUGAAAACACAGCUCAAGAAACACACAACAGAACAAGACGCACGGAAGGUGAGUGCUGCUCUGCAGGAACAGCUCACGUAUCCAAAUCACUGCCACCCAGGGGAUGGAAGGAAAGGGGAAGGACAGAAAGAACUGAAAAACCCAGAAUUACCAGCAACGACAAAAGAAAGCAUGGGAAGAAAUACAAUUUCAGAACCUGCAAGUCUCUCUACGUAUCUGAGAGGCAGACAAAGCCACGCAGGUACAGAUUAACUACAAGAAUCCCAACGCUUCUGAGCUGUACUGAAGGGAGCAGACGCUCCCCGCUCAUUCUGAACUACCAGUGGAUUAACACUUGCACCACCUCUGCUGGCUCCAGUUCCCUCUGGCAGCUCUGAUUUCAUUUCUGUUUAAAUUAGGCAAAAGCCCGCAGCUGCAGCAAGCUAAAGACAGAAAACAGCAACAGAAGGUUUGCUGUGCACAGGAAGGCAGCUACAACGGCUCCGUGCACAAGAGGCUGCUGUGGGAAACCUGAGGAGCUGCAGCACAGCACCAGCUGGGUUGGACUAAAAGCCCUUCCUUAGGGGAGUUCUGCCCGGGGUAAAAAGCACCGCUGAUGGUUUCUACAGAAAGACGGCUGAACACAAAGUCUACGUGUGUCUCAAAACCAGUGUUAAGUCAAUGUCAGGGCUGAGAGGGAAGAGAAGGAAAAGGACUAGAAACAGGAAGGACCACCAUCUAAGAUCCUUGACCUUCUGGAUCCACGCUUCCUUCUGGGUCUUCAUCAUUAUAUAUGUUCUCUGCCUGCAAGUCAAAGCAAAGGAGCUGUAGAAGCAUUUCCCAUCGCAUUUAACAGGUGCCACAGCACUUCUACAAGUCCUGGCAGAUUUCCACCUGCAGAUGUGUGGCACCAAUCCCCCGAGGCUUUUCAUUACAGAGCUGCGACACAGACUGCCUUGCUUUCAACAGUGCUGCACAUUUCAGAAGGCCUCUGUUACUGCAGCUUAUGGGCAUCUGACUUCCUAAAGCAGAGACCAGAGCCUGUGACAGUGAAGAGCACCGUGCACACGUUUCACAGCCCCUUCAUUUGCAGCACCGCUUCCUUAAGAACCACACAGACACGUUGCCAAGACAAAGCCUCUGUGACCAGUCUAUAAAUAAACCAGAAUUAGAAGCACGGCCUUUUCAAAGCUUAUUUGAGCCGUAAGAGAUGAUUCUGCAGAACUUUCAGCAGCUGGGAAUUAAAGCAGCACUUCUCCCCUAUUCAGCACCACGCUGCCCCUCUGCAGCCACGGGGGACGUCUGUAUCACACAGAGAACUCUCCCAGUAUGACAGUGACCAACAGAAACCUCAACUUCAUGCUUGCAUUUGUUGUGGCUGCUGGUGGUGGUGGUUGGCUGGAGUUUUGCUGUUUGUUUUUGAGCUGAUUUUUGUUUGGUUGGGUGGCUUUUUGUCAAUUUUUUGAACUUAGUUUUCAUUCAAACACAGAUGGGAAAAUGUCACUUCUCCAUACACCAGUACUUAACUUCCCUUUUUACUACUAAAUUACAGUAUAUAAAUAUAUGUGAGAAAUACAAAACA